AAGCUGAAAUUUGCUUUAGCUCUAAAGAAUUUUCUGAGGUGUUCAGAUUAGAUUUUUUUUCUUUUGAGGGCACAUCUUCAUUGGAAGAGAAAUAAGGAGGUAAAAGAAUUUUUUUAAGUAUCUAAUUAAUAUUAUAUUUAAGAAAACGUCAGCGUUUUGCUGCUGCAACAAUGACAAUUUUACAUAUUCUACCAUUUCCUUGGCAGUGAAAGCUGAAACAAUUUUCUGGCUACAAAUGGUUAUUUCGUUUUUACAAAUAGAAGACAAAGCGCUGAAAAUUCCGUAACAAACCCUGUAUUGUUUAGGAAGUUAUAAACGGUGAAGUUUGCAGACACAUUUUAAAUUUCUUCUUCAGCUUCAAAUAAAUUAAUGAAUAAUUUAAUUUGGUACUUGCAUGAAGUAUGAGUAUAUGGAUUUUAAACAGGAAAAAUUUCAAAGUAGACCAGCAGACUUGCAUUGUCAUUUCUGAUAUUAACAAUAGCCAUUAUUUCAAAUAUGAAGGAAAACGUUACUAUGAAAAAUGAAAAGUUUUCUGAAUCAUUGAAAGAAAACAAUGUUUACUGCAAGAGAAUGAAAUUAUUUUCCUAUUGAUUGUUGAAAAAUAAUUUACCAGUAAGAUUUAAUUUGUUAAAAUAUUUAGCUUAAAUGUAUCAGUAUAUUUAAUAGAUAAUUUUAUUAACAUAGUCACAUUUCAAAAAUUUUCUUAAUUUGAAACUCACAGUUCAUUUAAUAAUUGCAUAUCAUUAUUAACUUUAGAAUGAAAUUUAAUCAUUUAAGUAAUCAACCAGAAAUAAAAACUAGUGUACUCUUCAAAAUUAUAUAGAAACAGAAAAUAUUACUAUUUCCUGAAUGAACUUAAAACCGUCGACUGAAAAUUAUGCUGGGUUUCUUAAUAAAUUUUCAAAUUAUUUUAACAUCUGCUUGCAUUGUCUCAAAAGAAAAUAUAGUAGUUUAAAGGCAAAAUUAUUUAAAAAUUCGUCAAUGUAUCAAGCAGUCACUUUCGCAAUAAAAUGUCUCUUUCAAAAAAAUUUUACUUUAAAUUAUUCGUAAUAAUGUAUUUCAUUCAGCAGUAUUUCUCCACGAGAUUGUUUUAGAAGAUAUAUUUUGAAACAAACUGUUACACACUGCAGCUAAUAUUACUAAAAGGAACUAUUACCAACUACAACUUAUAUUAUUAAUCUUCUGGCUUUCUUGAACUGUGUUUGAACUUUCAUACGUAUUCAUUAUUUGUGCAUGACUAUUUAAUUUAUGAUCAUACGCAAACUCAUUUAUAUUUGUUACACGUAAUUAUCAUCACUAUGUAAAUAUUUAUUUAAUGGAGAAUUUCGUAUAUAAUUUUGAACUGCAUUCUGAUCUUUGUGAGCAAAAUAAAGCAAAGAACUGAUUUAAUUCGAGAAGCAAAUAUUCCGUGUAGAUUUGAGUUAUAAUUAUGGCGGACUAUGUGGAUAUGAAUGAGACAAUUUCCAUACUGAAUUCUACUUUAGAAGUUCCCGAGAGAAAUGUAUUUAUACUUCCAUGGUGGCAACAAUUAGUUUGGAGUCUGAUAUUUGGAGGCAUGAUUUUCGUUGCUACAGGUGGCAAUGUUAUCGUAAUGUGGAUUGUGUUGGCUCACAAAAGAAUGCGAAGUGUCACAAACUAUUUCUUAGUGAACUUGAGUUUAGCGGACACAAUGGUGUCCACACUGAAUGUUAUCUUUAACUUUGUAUAUAUGCUGGACGGACACUGGCCCUUUGGAGAAGCCUAUUGCAAGAUAUCGAACUUUAUCGCUAUAGUUUCCGUUGCUGCGUCAGUUUUCACUCUUAUGGCCAUCUCUAUAGACAGAUAUAUGGCCAUAAUGCACCCACUGAAACCUCGUAUGUCGAGGACGACUACUCUCAACAUAACGGUAUGGAUUUGGAUCCUUAGCGUCAUUCUGUCUUUCCCUAAUCUCUUAUACUCUGUGACCAGUAUUGAAACCUUCGUUAAUGGGGACCACAGAGUCAUAUGCUAUAUGGAGUGGCCGGAUGGUCCAUCUACAGAGAGCGAUCAUGAAUAUAUCUACAACGUCGUGAUCCUGGUAGUCACAUAUGUGCUGCCCAUUACAUCAAUGACUUUCACUUAUUUCCGAGUGGGACGUGAGCUGUGGGGCAGUCAGAGUAUUGGGGAGUGCACCCAGAAGCAAAUCGAGAGCGUCAAGUCAAAGAGGAAGUCAUUGAGAUGGUGUAUGGGAACAAGAAACAGUGUACGACAUUUGUUCAAACUUUGCCAUUAUGAGCGGAAACCUAAAGGCAUAUAGAGCUUAAUGCAGUCAAGACAACGGCUUUUAUGCGCUCAAUAAACUUUCUGCUUCCAGAAUUAAGAAAGGAAUGUCUGGAGAAUUCAGAAAGUAGAUUCUUUUUUCCAAGUAUGUAUGUGAUCCGAAGUAUAAAACAUCUGGAAAAUCUAAAAACAUCGACUUUAAAGACACGUUUAAGCUUUUCUAUCUGUGGAAAGAAAGUCAUAAAAACUUUUGAGAUUUUGAAAUAGGAUUUUUAAAGCAAUAUGUGUUGAAUAUAAUGUGAAAAAAAUUUAAUAUAAAAUUAUAUUACAUUUUGUUCCUUAGCAUGUGUAUAACAUCUUCGAUAAU